AUGAAUUUACAAAAUGUCACAUCAAUUUCAAAUUUAUUAUUUUCUUUUUCUUAUGUAAAUAUUACAAAUUCAAUACCAAUAUCAAUUCAUUUUGAAAUUCAAUCAUUAAAUUCUUCUCUUUCGUAUUUAUUUAUUUAUAAAUUUGAUCAAAAACCACAAUUAAAUAGUUCAAUAAAUGAAAUUGAUGGUUGGAAUUUAUUUUGUUCAAAUAAACAUUUAACAAAUGAAAAUCUUUAUAAAUAUUUUCUUGAUAAUGACCAAACAUUAAAUCAUCAAUCAUUGAUUUAUGGAAUAAGAGAAUUAAAUUUAACUGAAUAUCAAAAUUAUUGUUUAAAUAAUUCUUCAUUAAAUCAAAUUCCAAUUAGAGAUGAAACUUCAAAUUUUACUUCAAACUAUUUUAUACGAAUAUAUACAUCUGGUUGUUAUUAUCUUGAUGAAAAUUAUCAAUGGAAAUCUGAUGGAUUAAAAGUUGGUUCAUUAACAAAUCAUUAUGAAACAGAAUGUUAUUCAACACAUUUAACAACAUUUGCCGGUGGAUUUAUUGUUUUACCGAAUCCAAUAAAUUGGAAUUAUGUUUUUGCAAAUGCGGAUUUUUCGAAAAAUCAAACAAUUUACAUAACCAUGAUUUGUACAAUAACAAUUUUUAUUAUUUUAUUAUUUUAUUCUCGUUUUCAAGAUAAAAAAGAUUUGGAAAAAUUAGGAGUAACACCUUUAAUUGAUAAUCAGAAAUCUGAUGGAUAUUUUUAUCAAAUUAUUGUUUUUACUGGUCAAAGAAAAGAUGCAGGAACUGAAUCUAAAGUUCAUUUUGUUUUAUCAGGUGACAAAGACCAAACAAAUAUUCGAACAUUUUCCGAUUCAAAUCGAAAAAUCUUUGAACGUGGUGGAAUUGAUGCAUUUGUUAUGUCUGUUCCAAAAUCCUUAGGUUUAUUAAAUUAUAUUCGUAUUUGGCAUGAUAAUUCUGGCCAAGGUUCAUCAGCAUCUUGGUUUUUAAAAUAUUUAAUUAUCCAAGAUUUACAAACAUUAGAAAAAUUUCAUUUUAUUUCACAAAAAUGGUUUGCUGUGGAAAAAGAUGAUGGAAAAAUCGAAAGAAUUCUUCCAGUUGCUGAUGAAAUUGAAAAAGACAAUUUUUCUUAUAUUUUAUCAAAAAAAACGUAUCAUAAUAUAUCCGAUGGUCAUUUAUGGUUCUCAAUCUUUUCUCGUCCACCAUCGAAUCAAUUCUCGCGUGUUCAACGAUGUACAUGCUGUUUUGUUUUAUUCUUUUCUGCAAUGUUACUCAAUAUAAUGUAUUAUGAUUUAUCCAAUCAAGCGAAAACAUCAGAAAAUCUUCUUCUUCAAUUAGGUCCUUUAAAAAUCACACCACAACAAAUUUCAACGAUUGAUCAAUAUUGGAAUUGGUUACGAAUGAAUUUUAUUGGAAAUCUUCGUGCUCAACAAUGGUACAACGGUGAUAUUCCUCAAUAUUUAAAUGGAUUUUUAAAUGAUAAAUCCAAUCGAUUAAUUGGUUGGGCAAUAAUGAGACAAUUACGUGUGAAAUCCAAAUUAUGUAAUGAUCAAACAAUAAUCGAAAAUUGCCAAUCUGAUUAUAAUUUUUUUAAUGAAGAAAAACGAAGAUUUCAACCAGGAUGGACAAAUAAUGAAACAAUAGAAGAUUUAAGUUCAUCAAUAAUCAAAGCAUUUCAAUAUGUAAGAAGUGAUGAGUUAAAUAAUUCAAUUUCUAUUGGUCAAUUUGGAACAUAUAAUGGUGGUGGUUAUGUUUAUGAAUUUCGUGGUCGAUUGAAAGAUCUUCAAAGUAAUAUUUCGAAACUUUAUCAAUUAGGAUGGAUUGAUGAAAAAACAAGAGCAAUUUUUAUUCAAAUUACCUUAUUUAAUCCAAAUGUUCCAUUGUUAACUUCAAUUACUUUACUUACAGAAUUUUCAUCAACUGGAGGAGUUUUUCCAUCGUUCCAUUUUGAACCAAUUCAUUUCUAUACAUUUACAUCGAUAUUUCAAUUAAUUUGUUCGAUAUUUUAUAUUUUAUUUAUAAUUUAUUUUACAAUUUGUGAAAUUCGAUGUUUAUUCGAAUUACGAUUAAAAUAUUUUCAGCAAUUUUGGUCAAUAAUUCAAUUGGGAAUGAUAACUUGUUCCUUUGGAAGUUUUGUCAUUUAUAUUUUACGUUAUCGUGAAACGAAACGAAUAAGUGAAUUAUUUGAAUUAACAAAUGGAUAUUUUUAUUUGAAUUUACAGAAUCUGAUUUAUGAAAAUGAUCUUUUAACAUAUUUUCUUGCUUAUUCUUGUUUUUUUAGUUUAAUUAAAUUUGUUAAAUUUUUCCAUAAUGAUCAACGUGUUUCAUUAUUUACACAAACACUUCAUUUUUGUAAAAAAGAAUUAAUUUCAUUUUCAUCGAUGUUUUCCAUUGCUUAUUUCUCAUUCGUUAUUUUAUUUUACUUAUUAUUCGUAUCGAAAAUGUCACAAUGUUCAAAUUUAAUUUCAACUGCACAAAUGCUAUUUGAAAUGACAUUAAUGAAAUUUGACGCAAAUGAAUUAAUUGAUGCCGAUGCGAAUCUUGGCCCUAUUUGUUUUGCUUUAUUUAUUCUUUUAAUUGUUUUUGUUUGUUUAAGUAUGUUCAUUUCAAUUAUUAAUGACAGUUUUCGUCGAGCUAAACAAAAUCAAAAUGAAAAUACAAUUAGUUGGUUUUCGAUAUUCAGAAGAUUUUUAAUUUGGACAGGUUUGAAAAAAUUAACUCGAAAUGAAAUUGAAGAAGAAAAAGAAGCAAAAAUGCGUUCACAAUAUUUUCAUUUGAUUGAAGAUUUUCCCGAGAAAAUCGAUCAAAUUCUAAUUGCAAUUAAUAACAUUUAUGUUGAACAAAUGGAAGAAUUAAAAAGAUUAGAUCGAAUUGGAAUUUAA